CAUGUGCACACACUGCGGAGCCGCCCCAGCCGCCGUCGCUGCAGCCUCCCGAUGGUCUCUCUGUAGAGCUUUGCCGUUGGGGGCAGCCCCUGCGGUCCUUUGGCUCGCUGGCCCCGCGCGACAGCGACAUGGAGGAAUUCGACUCUGAAGAUUUCUCCACCUCGGAGGAGGACGAGGACUACGUGCCGUCGGGUGGAGAGUAUAGUGAAGAUGAUGUGAAUGAAUUAGUGAAGGAAGAUGAAGUGGAUGGUGAAGAGCAGACACAGAAAACCAAAGGGAAAAAAAGAAAGGCUCAGAGCAUUCCGGCCAGGAAGAGAAAACAAGGUGGCCUCUCAUUAGAAGAAGAGGAAGAGGAGGAGGCCGAUGAGGAAUCUGGAAGAAGUAGCAGUGAGGAGGAUGAUGCAGCUGCAGAACAGGAAGAAGGCAUUGGAUCAGAGGACGCGAGGAAAAAGAAGGAGGAUGAACUGUGGGCCAGCUUCCUCAAUGAUGUAGGACCAAAAUCAAAAGUGCCCCCGAGUACACAAGUUAAACAAGGAGAGGAGACUGAAGAGACAAGUUCAAGUAAAUUGUUGGUCAAAGCAGAAGAGCUAGAGAAACCUAAAGAAACAGAAAAAGUUAAAAUCACCAAAGUGUUUGAUUUUGCUGGUGAAGAAGUCAGGGUGACUAAGGAAGUGGAUGCUACAUCUAAAGAAGCCAAAUCCUUCUUCAAGCAAAAUGAGAAAGACAAACCACAGACUAAUGUCCCUUCAGCUCUGCCGUCACUCCCUGCUGGGUCAGGGUUAAAAAGAUCAAGUGGCAUGAGCAGCCUUUUGGGAAAAAUUGGAGCCAAGAAGCAGAAGAUGAGCACCCUAGAGAAGUCCAAAUUGGACUGGGAGAGCUUCAAGGAGGAAGAGGGCAUUGGUGAAGAACUAGCCAUCCAUAAUCGAGGGAAGGAAGGGUACAUUGAACGGAAAGCUUUUCUAGACCGAGUGGAUCACAGGCAGUUUGAAAUUGAGCGGGAUCUCAGGCUGAGCAAAAUGAAACCCUAAUGUUAUGGGGGAAAAUCAGUAGCAGCUUAAUCCGGUUUACAAUGUGAGCUUUUUGUGCAUCUGUGAAAUGUUUCCGGUAUUUCUCACUGACUGUUUCCCAGCAAGGUCUUUUUUUGUACUUUGAAUCUGUGUCUUUGUAUCUUGAUCUCACGUGGUUUCAUUCAUUUUACUUUUAAAAGUUUGUCCUUUAAAAUAAAUAACUAAGUACAA